GUUCAGCAGCGCUGCAGUAGGUUUGCGGCGACGAAGCGCAGAGUGGAGCCUUCGUCAGGAGGAGACGCUAACAGUCCGCUCUUCCACACCGGUCCUGCGAUCAAUCUCUAAAACAUCAGCCAUGUCUACAGAGCCCAACUACCGCCGGACUAAACCCGGAAUGAAAGCCAGCGUUCCUAAUUCGAACGGUGCCGCUGGUCCCGCAUCACAGAUCCCCGGUCUGUCCCAGAGUGCUGACACGGCACCGGUGGAGAAGAGCAAGGGCAGGAGAGUCGGAAUUCAGGCCACCGACUCUGACUACGUUAAACUCGCCAAGCAAGGAGGCCACAAGGGUUUGUUGUCCUACGACCCUGAGGCCACCAGCCCCGAUUCAGGAUCCCCCCAAGGCUCUGAUUUCCUCUCUAUCGAUAACCAAAGCCAGGGUAAAGCGUCCUCGCAGAAGCUGGUGCCCCCGUUUGGGACCGAUGAAUGCGCAGCAUGGGACAAUGACUCUGGUGCUGGCAAAGAAAAGAAGUCUCCGGUCGGACAGGCCGCUCAGGAGAUGCAGAAGCUCUCGCUGAGCCAGAAGGACAUCGAGGAGGCCAACAAGUACAAGAGGAUUUCACAUAAUAAGAUGGCCACUGCUCCGGUCGACAUGUCCAAGCUGUUGAGCUUUGGGUACAUGGAGGAGAAGAAGUCUGCUGAUGACGACGCAUCAAGUAUGAUGUCAGAGCAGGUGAGCACUGUCGCCCCGGAGGACGAGCUGGAGUAAAAAGCGUCGGAGGAAAUGACUCGGAAGCCGUGCGAGUUUCCAGCCCAGCGUCCUUCUUCCUUCUGUUCUUCACUCUAUUUAUGCAAAUUUCUUUUAGUCGUCGUUCUCUUCUAAAAAAAAAAAAAAAAAAAUCGUGCUUACAUAUCUAAUGGUGCUUGUGAUCCUUGAAAUUAAAAAUUUAAAAACUUAAGUGCUAUUUGUAAACCUUAAUAAGAAUCACUCGAAACUCGCAGCACAACGUGAAGCCUUCUAGGUAACGGCCACAGCUUCGGUCCAGAACACAGAACCUUUUCUUUCUUUCUUUCUUUCUUUCUUUCUUUUUUAUUCACUUGCAAUACGCAUAGUUUAUUUAUUUGCUUCUAUUUUUUUUUGUUGUUGUUGUUCAACUGAAAAGAAGCCCAUUAGCUCCUGGUGUUGCCAAGCUGCAGCCACUGAAAGAGCCUUGGUUUUUCUCCACCACAUGUCUGCAAACGCGUGCCAAACCCUCGUCACGUCACCACCACACUGCAAGCCCGUUAGUGUCCGGAGCUUUCUCUAGGGGUUCAGGGAGCUUGCGCUCGUGAAUGUGUUGCUGUUGUUUGUUUUUUUUUUCGAUGUUACGGUAAAUUUUAAAACAAAACGAAAAGAAAAAUGCUGUUUUUUUUUGUUUUCUUAGAUUCAGGUGCAGUAGACGUGCAGAGUACAGAGAGUUUUAACUCCAUAACGUUUUUUUUCCGUCUCGUUAAAAAUGUUUACAUUCAAUGUUGAUGGAUAAUAGAUGAAUAAAAUAUGCAUGUGCAUGGACA